AGCUGUUGCUCCCCAGUCCCUUUCCUCUUUCUUGUUGAGCUUGAUGUUUCCGAGUCUUUGCUCUGGAGCCUGUCGUUCCGCUGCUAUUCCCCGUGAGUCCUGAGUUCGUCCGCGGGUCAAGAAACGAUCCUCUCGUUCUACUACAAAGUCCUUGUUCCUUCUUUUUUUUCUCUCCCGUGGCGUCACCUCCGUCAUCCCCAGCCCUCUCUGUGCAGACAGGAACUGCUGGAUCCUACACACAAUCCAGCGGCCAGUACGGAGGAACAAUAACACCAACCCUGUCCGUCAAUCGCUGCUGCGCCAUCGGAAAAUCGUGGGCACGUCUCACCACCUGGUCUCUGCCCUGUGGUGGUUUCUUGGGGGGGCCCCUCCGUCCUGAAACAAACCCUCGCCGGCGACAUCAUCAUCCCUGUCACUCAUAAUUCCUCCGCCAGCCACCUGAGCGAGACCCAUACCACCUCGAGCAACAAGAAAGAAACAGUCACGUCGUGCUGGCCACUGUCGAGGCAUUUUCGGAUUCCUCAGAUUCCUCAGCGUGUCGCUGCACAAAGCAAUAAUAUCACCUCCCUCAUACCCGUCGAAGUGUCCUCCCUCCUGUCGCUUUGCCAACUCUGGUGAUCGCGGUUACUCAACCUUGGUCGAAAUACCAGCCUCCCGCUCCCACAAUUUCACCAGUCCUGCCGCGCCCCGUCGUCCAUAUCCACCCUCUCUGUCCGCGCCGGAUAACUUAUCCUUCCCCGUCUAAUCUUGGAAUCACUCUCUUCUUAUCUCAACUUUGUUUAUCGCUGCCACCAUGACAACCAUGUCUCCUCCAAUCUCCCCGCAACCCUCCGAGACCCGCCCGAGGGCUGGGACGGCCAUGAGCUUUUCUUCCCAGCGUUCCCGUCGCAGUAACUCCUCAACCGGCAAGAUCGACUUGACCGAGACUUCGCGGGAUAAGAAGAGGUUGAAUACGAAGGCCGAUCCCUCAAAGGCCAUAACUGAAGCCACUCCAGUGGAACAAGCACAAGAAGCAUCGACCGUCGACGACUUGCGCACGAUGUUGCACAAGGACAGCGAGGGCAACGUUAUCACCGACCCCGAUCGUUCCAACCCUACCCGUCAUCGCCUGGAGCGCCCUCUCGACACCAUCCGUGCAUUCAAUGCCGCUGCGGAAGGCACCACCUCACGUCGUACAUCCUUGAAUAGUAGGCCAGUUUCUCAAGUUGGCUGGAAUGGAGAUAUGAACCGCAGAACCAGCUAUUAUUCAAACAAUGGCUAUUCUCCGCAGCGACCACGAAUCUCUCCGGGUGGUGGUUACUACCGCAAUUCGUCAUACGGGUUUGGUCCACAGAGUGCCGUUGAAGAAUCUCCAGGAUCGUCCCAAAUGUUUGCCAGACCACCUAUGCGUCAACAAACGUACCCUUACCCUGGAGCUCAGAAUGGAUACCCAAAUGGUCAUCAAAAUGGAUACCAGAACGGAGAGAGUCCCGUGUCUUACCACUCAUAUCACCAUUCGUACGAGACAAUGACCUCCGGCUCAGAAGAGUAUGGCAAAUCCACUAACCCUAGCUCCCAAAACAGUUCCUUCGAUCAACUCCACCAACUACGCACCAAGCCUGAAGAAUUCUCUCCAGAGAACCCCUACGCAAACGAGAUCAAAUUCAACCAGGUAUCUCCGACAAAGCCACUCACAUCAUAUGUUCUUGGUGAUAGCCACUACGGUCAAGAAAUGUCUCCGCCAGCAGUUCCAGCCAAAGGAUUCGCUCUUCCGCCCGCGAACAAUCCCCGGCAACCAAUUCCUCUCAACUCCUCUCCAACGGACAUGACGUCUCCUGGCAGUACCACCUCCCCCAAAAAACAAAGCUGGAUCAAACGGAGAUUCAGCAGACGAGAUAAUUGAUGGCACACCGGAUGGCAGGAAACUAGAACUGAUGUCUUUCCAUUUUCGGCGUCUGAGAAACAUCUCCGUCGACAUCACUGGCGUUCUCCUUGCAUAAGAACGGGGUUUUGUGUAGCUGGGGCUGCUCGUCAGGAGCGCAUUUUCACGACUAAUGUUUGAUGUAAUUCUUGAAUGAUGGGUUGGAAAUGAGUCAACGUGGCUGUAUCAUGAGCAGCGGUGGCUGGAAGAUGUGUAUCAAACAGACGAAGGGGCUCUGAAAUCGCUGAGGAAGAUACCGAGUGGCUUGUGGAAGGGAUGGUCUCCCAAAUAAUAUUGUGCAGGUCACAUUCACUUUCCAUAGUCCUGGAAGAAGAUUGGAACAGUUCACAAUUUCGCGCUCAAGUAUUGAACGUUGGCUUGCUAUUGAGCCUUUUUGCGUU